AUGGCCGAUGUCGACACCAAUCAGAUAGCUACCGAUGUCAUGAGCGAGAAGGAAUUGCAAUGGUCUGAUCUGGAUGGAUUGCAAGUAUUUGACGAAAAUGGCGCUACCCUCAACUUUGGAGAUCUUUACAAGAAUCAAAAAACGAUCAUCGUUUUUGUUCGUGCAUGGGUUAGAACGGCAGGCGUGCACGAUUUGGCUAAAAUACCGCAAGAAUCUUUAGCGAAAGCCAACGUUCGACUUGCUGUGAUUGGAUGUGCCAAACACACUUUCAUCAAGAACUUUCGUAAGGUAACUGGCUAUCAGCAUGAUAUGUACAGCGAUCCACAGACGACCGUCUAUUCCAAACUAGGCAUGAUAAGAACUCUCUCUACUGGAGCAUCAGGAUCAGAACAUGUCAGAUCAUCUGUUGCAUCAGGCUUAGCAAAUUCGUUAUGGCGAACUAUGAAAUCAAUGAGUUCUCAAGGUGAUGUUAAGCAGCAAGGUGGACAACUUAUAGUUGGACCUGGUAAUGUUUUGAAAUACCUCCAUAUUGAUGGCGGUACAUUUGAUCACACCCCAAUUAACAAAUUACUCAGUAUGGCCGAUGUAGCAAAUGUUGAAUUUAAAAAACAUUAA